AUGAUCGCCCCGGCGAACCUUCACGUGACGCUGAACUUCAUCGGCGAGGUGAGUGACCAGGAGGUGGGGCGGCUCAGCGGCAUCUGCCGGGAGCUCGCCGCCGAGGCGGCGCCGAUCCCGGCGACGCUCACGGGCCUCGGUCUGCUGCCGUCCGCGGCGCGGCCGCGCGUGGUCUGUCUCGGCGUACGGGACGGCGCCGGCGAGCUGCGGACGCUGGCGGACACGCUCCGCUUGCGGCUCGGCGGCCAGGGAGACCGCCGGUUUCUGGCGCCCGCCUUCCUGGCGCACGUCACCCUGGCGCGCGUCCGCCGCGUGCCGCGGCAGACCGGCGAGCGCCUCUGCCGCGUGCGCCUUCCGCCGGCGCACGGCACGUUUCGAUCGCUGGUGCUGUAUCAGUCGGUGCUGCAGGGCGGCGGCGCCACGUACCGGCCCCUGCAGACGGCCGAGCUGGUCGGCGGGUGA